AUGUCUGGUAUUUCCAGUUACUGUUGUUCAAUACUCAAAAACUGCUGUGAAAACAAAAAUUUAAGCCAAGCUAAGAAGCUCCACUGCAUCAUAAUCAAAACCCUAGAAAACCCAGAAACCUUUUUGCUAAACAACCUUAUAAACAGCUACAUAAAGCUCCACAACGUAGUGUAUGCACGCAAUGUGUUCGAUAAAAUUCCAAAACCAAAUCUUUUCUCAUGGAACACCAUUCUUUCAGCUUAUUCAAAAUCAGGGAAUCUUUCAAAAAUGGAAGAAGUGUUCAAAUUGAUGCCAAAAAAAGAUGGUGUUUCUUGGAAUUUGAUUAUUUCAGGAUAUGCGUCCAGAGGGAUGUCUAAUGAGGCUUUAAAGGCUUAUAAGUUGAUGAUAAGAGAUGGGUUGGGGAGUUUGAAUAGGAUUACAUUCUCUAAGAUGCUUAUAUUGUCGUUGAACAAAGGGUGGAUUGAAUUGGGUAGGCAAGUUCACGGGCAAAUCACGAAAUGUGGUUUUAUGUCUUAUGUGUUUGUGGGGAGUCCUUUAGUAGAUAUGUAUGCAAAGUCAGGGUUGAUAUGUGAUGCAAAACAGGUUUUUGAUGAGUUACCUGAAAGGAAUCUGGUCAUACAUAACACGAUGAUUAUGGGUUUUUUGAGGUGUGGGAUGGUGGAAGAGGCAGGGCAUUUGUUUAGUCAUAUGACUGAAAAAGAUUCGAUUUCAUGGACCACAAUGAUUACAGGGCUAACACAAAAUUGUCUUGAGAUAGAUGCAAUUGAUUUAUUCCGAAAUAUGAUGUUGGAAGGAUUGGCUGUUGAUCAGUUUACUUUUGGGAGCAUUCUCACUGCUUCUGGAGGUCUUAUAGCACUAAAAGAAGGUAAACAGAUUCAUGCUUUUGCAGUUAAAACCAAUCAUGUUGAUAAUGUUUUCGUCGGCAGUGCUCUUGUUGACAUGUACUCAAAGUGUAGAAGCAUUACGUCUGCAGAGACAGUUUUUAAGAGCAUGCCAUACAAAAAUAUUGUCUCUUGGACUGCAAUGGUUGUGGGGUUUGGCCAGAAUGGGUACAGUGAGAAAGCCAUUCAGAUCUUUUGUGAGAUGCAGAGAAUUGGGAUAGAGCCAGAUGAAUAUACAUUAGGAAGCGUAAUUAGCUCCUGUGGGAACCUAGCUAGCUUGGAAGAGGGAGGCCAGUUUCAUGCUCAAGCACAAGUUUCAGGUGUAAUUUCCUUUACCACUGUUGCUAAUGCACUUGUAACACUCUAUGGUAAGUGUGGAAGUAUAGGAGAUUCUCAUCAGAUGUUUAAUGAAAUGAAGAUUAAGGAUGAAGUUUCUUGGACUGCACUAGUAUCAGGUUAUGCGCAAUUUGGAAAAGCCAAUGAAACAGUGGAUAUAUUUGAGAAAAUGUUGGCCAGCGGACUACAACCAGACAGUGUUACUUUCAUUGGCAUUCUUUCAGCCUGCAGCAGAGCAGGAAUGGUAAAAGAAGGGCAUCACUAUUUUCAAUUAAUGGUUGAGGAAUAUGGAAUAAAGCCAAUGGUUGAUCACUAUACUUGCAUGAUAGAUCUACUUAGCCGUGCCGGGAAGUUAGAAGAAGCUAAAGAUUUUAUACAGAAGAUGCCUUGCAAACCUGACGCAAUUGGCUGGGCUACAUUGCUGAGCUCUUGCAGAUCUCGUGGUAACAUAGAAAUUGGGAAAUGGGCUGCAAAAUAUCUUCAGGAACUAGACCCGGAAAACCCUGCUAGCUAUGUUUUGCUCUCAAGUAUGUAUGCGUCUAGAGGACUAUGGGGUGAGGUUGCUCAAUUAAGAAGAAGAAUGCGAGAUAAGGGUGUCAAAAAGGAGCCAGGGUUUAGUUGGAUUAAAUACAAGAACAAGGUGCAUAUUUUCUCUGCCGAUGACAAGUCCAGUCCAUUUUCAGAUCAAAUAUACAAUGAACUGGAAAAGUUGAAUCUCAAAAUGAUAGAUGAGGGAUAUAUUCCAGACGUGAGUUCAAUACUUCAUGAUAUUGAGGAGUCGGAAAAAAUAAAAAGUCUGAACCACCAUAGUGAGAGGCUUGCUAUUGCUUUUGGUUUGCUUUUUGUCCCUCCUGCCUUACCCAUUAGAGUGGUGAAAAACCUCCGAGUAUGUGGUGACUGCCACAAUGCAACUAAAAUUAUUUCCAAGAUAACCCAGAGGGAAAUCCUUGUUAGAGAUGCUGUACGCUACCAUUUGUUUAAGGAUGGGAAAUGUUCUUGUGGGGAUUUCUGGUGAUGGAUUUUGUAAUGCUUGAAACUCUUGCUGAUGGUACUGCAACUUGGGAAGGGUCAUAAAAGUAAGGCAUGGUAUGGAAUGAAUAUGAAAAAGUUGCUCCUAUGCCAAUCUAGUUGGUUUUUAAUCUUGUG